CGAGCAGUCGCCAGUGAGACGCGGCACCCCGCGAGACAGCGUCGUCCGUCGUUUGUUCGUCCGUACGUGCGUACGUACGUCCGUGGUCGGUCUCCCUUCCUUCCGCCAGAAACCAGCUAUCGUGGUCGUGCGUACGUUCGUUCGUUCGAUCGUUCGUUCGGUCCGUGAGUGGUGCGUCUCCUCCGCCUGCCUCUGCUUCUUUGGACGACACUUGCCCCCGGUCGCGGCCAUCGUCUCCGUGUGUGUUGACCAAGUAUACACACACACAUAUAUAUAUAUAUAUAUAUCUCCCUUCAUCUCUCCCGUUUCACUCUUGUGUGUGCGCGAACGAACGAGCCAAGAUGGCCGCCGACUCAGGAAUGGAGACGUGUCCCUCCCCGGAGAUUGCAGACUCCAGGAAGCGGCCGCUCGAUUGCGACACGGAAAAUGGCGCGACGAAGAGGUCACAUUACGGAUCAGGAGGAGAUGGAACAUAUCACCUCAAAGUAUUGGUUCCUGGUGUGGCUGCAGGAGCUAUUAUUGGAAAAGGUGGGGAUACAAUUGCCCAAUUACAGAAAGACACAGGAGCCAGAGUUAAAAUGUCCAAGUCUCAUGACUUUUAUCCAGAUCCUGUAUCUUUCACAGGAACCACAGAACGGAUAUGCUUGAUAACGGGAAGUUUGGAAGCUAUAAUGUCAGUCAUGGACUUCAUUAUGGAUAAAAUCCGCGAGAAACCAGAUCUCACGUCAAAAACAACAGUUGACUUUGAAUCUGGUAAAACCACAGCAGAGAGAGACAAGCAGGUAAAAAUUUUAGUGCCGAACAGCACUGCGGGAAUGAUAAUAGGUAAAGCUGGAAAUUAUAUUAAACAAAUUAAAGAAGACUCCGGCUCUUAUGUUCAAAUAAGUCAAAAAGCAAAAGAUGUAUCUUUACAAGAAAGAUGUAUAACUGUAAUUGGAGAAAAAGAGAAUAAUCGUAGCGCGUUAAUGAUGAUAUUAGCAAAAGUGGCAGACGAUCCACAAAGUGGUGUAUGCCCCAAUGUUAGUUAUGCUGAUGUAAGUGGUCCUGUAGCUAAUUACAAUCCGACAGGCAGUCCUUAUGCUCAAGCCCCGACAAGUACUCCCACGUAUACUUCUACAGCCAGCAUUAAUACAGUAAGCCUUUUGAACGGUGCUGGUCUCAGUUUGAACUUGAACUUAGGAGCUGCAAUAACAGCGGGUACAGCACCUGUGACAACGCAGUUGUUAGAACACAUAAAGUUAAAUUUACGGACGUCAGGUUUUUUGGAGCCUGCUGCAACCGAAAUUUUGUCCGCUAUCGCGACUCUUGCUAAGUAUAACAUCCUUGGAAUGGGUAUUGGGAUGCCAUCCAGUAUGAGUUACCUUGGAAAUCCCAUGGAUACUACCACAACGGCGAAUGGCUCGAACAAUAACGGCGGUGUAUUUGGGCCAAUUGGAACGGUUCCUGCUCUUGGAUCUACGUCUCCUACACCACGCAAUACACUUGACAGAUAUGAGUCGUUCGAUCCGUUCAGACAAAACAACACAGCCGCCAGUGCUAUUCAUCUAAACAACAAUUCGUUUGGCCUGGGCACUAACCAGUUAUCACUUGAGAAGAAACUCGAUGGCAUACGAUAGUUCGCCGACGAGGGAAAGCCAAGAAAUGUGGAUGCUUUUAUUUUCGCAUGAUCCGACAGUGAUAUAUGAAACGUGUGUUGAAAAAGAGAAAAAUGUGCAAACGCAAAGAAACAAAAAAAAAGAGAAAAAGAAAUGAAAAAAUUUAUAGCUUCGUGCGCGCUGAUAUCCAUAACGAUCCGAUUGCCUAUUCAGGACCGAUUAAAAAAACAUGGGGAAAACGCCUACGGUUCUCCUUGCGCUCGCGCGGUAACAUCUAAGAAGAGUUUACCAUGUGUGUACAAGCCAUAGGAAUCAGCCAGUCUAAACAUAAGUAUAUUCCUUUAACAGUUUAUACGUCUGUACGAUAUUACUUAUCAUAAAUGAACAAAGCAAAGAAACAGUGUACGAUACGUGUUGAUAAGUGUUCGUCCGUUACAAAAUGAAUGGUCGAUUAGACGAGUUGUUCCUUCUUUUGUUUUUUUGUUUUUUGUUUUGUCUUUUUUUUUUUUUUUUUUUUUUUUUUUUUUUUUUGGUUUAUCGUUCAGACACUAGAUCGCAGUCGCAAACAAGACAACCACCAAUUUACAGUCUGUCCGUAGAAGUCUAUGCGUUUCAUAUUUUUGAGUUCGAUACUAAUUGUCACGCGGUUGAACGAUCUCCGUAUUUUACACCGAUAAAAGAUUUAAUAGAAAACACGAAUAGAAACAGAUUAAACAUUUGAACAGAAGACACACGAAAAUACCUCUCUGUGCAAGUGGCAAAAGCAGUAUUGGUUGGCCAGUCAAUGUUACCUACGAGUUGUUUUACACGAGAGGGUGCACUGUUAGACUAAUUAAGCCAAGACACAUUUAGAAAAAGGAUCUUAUUUCAUACGA